AUGACGGAUGUCGGCAAUGGCGUAGAGGCCGACGGUAGCCAGCUCAGAGAACGACCGACAGCUAAGCCGCUGCACCUGCACGACUCUGACCUGGCGAAGCAAAAGGUCCUUGAACUGAAUGAGCAGGAAGACAGAAAAGACGAGCGCGAAAAGAAGACGUAUGGCCGGACGCCCAGUGGCACGGUCUUCAUUGUGCCGCACACCCACGACAUGGUGUCGCAGCUGCUCUCGCCCUCGCAACCAAAGAACGUGUCCGACCUAGGGGUCCUCGCUGUGCUCGCAGGCCUGAUAGCCACGCUCUGCCUACUGCCCAAAAGCGCCCGCAUCCCCGUGUUCGCCGUCCUCUUCCUGUUCUGGCGCGCUGCCUACAAUGCAGGCAUUGGCUGGCUUCUCGACGUCCAGUCCAAGCACAAUCGCCUCGUCCUGUGGGCCAAGAACUCGCGCGUCUUUGAGAACCCAGAGACGGGCAACAACCCGCACCCAGCCCUCUACCAGUUCCUGAAGAGGGAGAUGGAGACCAAGAUCCCCAAGGACUACACGUUCGAAGAGGCUCCGGUGGAGUACAACACCUGGCUUGUCUUCAGGCGCGUGGUAGACCUGAUUUUGAUGUGUGACUUUGUAUCGUAUUGCCUCUUCGCCAUCGCCUGCUUCCACCGCCCAGAGGAGAGCUGGCUGCUGUUCGCACUGCGAUGGACGACGGGCAUUGUCCUGUUCAUCUUCAACUUGUUCGUCAAGUUGGACGCGCACCGCGUGGUCAAGGACUAUGCCUGGUACUGGGGCGACUUCUUCUACCUCAUCGAUCAACGUCUGACCUUUGACGGCGUCUUUGAGGCUGCCCCGCACCCCAUGUACUCGAUUGGGUACGCCGGCUUCUACGGCAUUGCUUUGAUGAUGGCAAGUUACAAGGUGCUUUUGAUUUCCAUCGUCGCGCACGCAGCCCAAUUUGCCUUUCUGAUCAAGGUCGAAGAGCCGCACAUGCAGAAGAUUUACAACCCAGCACCCCCUCGCCGAGCGCGCCACCCUUCCGGGGACAUGACCCAAGAGCACCGUCCCACCUCGAGCCAGUCGGACAGCGUAGAUGCGGGAGCGCCCGCGGACCCUGUCAGUCAGCCUGCCCAAAUGCACCACAUGGUCGGUCCACGGAACAUGGACUUCCAUCGCGCCAUCGACGUCACGGUAGUGCUUCUUUCCUUGUACAUGUUCUGUUUGGCCACGCUUACACCCAACACGCGCUUGGUGCGGACGUGGUUCUUUGUCAACGCCUUCGUCUGGCGCCUGUGGUAUGUCUUGGGCCUAGGCUACCUCCUCGACCGCCAGUCCAAGAAGAAGAAUUGGACGCGCCACUUCAUCAAGUACGGCGACACGAAAGAAGAGGCCUGGCGCCAGUGGAAAUGCCUGUAUCACCUCAGCAUGACCAUGUGCCACACCAGCUUCCUGGCCGCGGCUUGGAAGAUGUACACGCUGCCAGCCGACUGGUUCUACGACCUCACCGUGUUCCGGCUCGUGGUUGGUGCUGGCAUGGUGGCGCUCCACGUUUGGACGGCGGUCAGCAUCUACGAUUCCCUGGGCGAGUUUGGAUGGUUCUGCGGCGACUUCUUCUUCGACCCACCGCCCAAGAACCUGACGUACUCGGGCAUCUACCGCUUCCUGAACAGCCCGGAGCGCGUGCUGGGCAUGGCUGGGAUCUGGGGGGUUGCUGUGAUGACGUGGACGGCACCGAUCUUCUACCUCGCCACCACCGCCCAGGUUCUGAACCUGGGGUUCUUGCAUUUCGUGGAACGGCCUCACAUGAGCAAGCUGUACGGUCAGAAGCUCCGGCAGACGUCUGGCGUCAGCAAGACCCUGCGCCAAGCUCUCCCUAGCCCAGUGCGCAACUGGCAGUCUGCGGCCGACGAGUACAUCCACUCGACGGUGGAGUUGAUUGAAGAGGUCUUGGAGAGUGCUCGGCCCAAGCUCGCGGCUGGGGUGGGUACGUUUGUCAAGGACACGACGGCCCUGUUCAAGUCGUAUCCGGCACGCAUCUCCAUCACUCGCCUGUCGCCGGACCUUGCUGGGUACGAUGCCAAGCAGUACAAGCUCGAGGUACAGGGCACCCUCUCGGCGCCAGCGGUGGAGGACCAAAAGAGCGGCGGGCGUGAGGGCGAACUCGCGCGGACACCAGCGGCUCGCACAAGCGAGUUCAAGACGCUGGCGCUUGAAUACGGGGCUCCGAUCAAGGUUCGGUGGCAGGCACCCCUCCACCACAGCAAGAAGGACUGGAUCGGCCUGUACAUGGUGGCGGACAACCAGUCUCGAGAGGUGACGCAGCUCAGCUCCAACGGGCGGUGGAUCGCGACCAACGUCGGGGUGUACGACUCGGUCCGGGCCGAGGAAGGCAUCCUGGUGUCGGACAAGCUGGUGGCGGCAUCUGGCGAGGAGGACGACGACGACGACUUGGACCACUACACGGGCGAGGUCGAGUUCCGCGGCGACAAGCUGUGGUGGACAACGGGCGUGUUCGAGUUCCGGUACCACCACGACGGCAAGCACAACGUGAUGGCGCUGUCCCAAGCGUUUGAGAUGCGCAUCCCGCGCUUCGACGAGGAGGAGGUGGAGGUGGACGCGCACGGGACGGUGCACGGCGCGGUGACGCAAGCGCUCUUACCGGUGGUGCAGAACUGCUUCGACCGCGACGCGGAGAUUGCGCCCGGGACGGCGGAGGAGUCGUUUGGCAGCCUGGUCGAGCGGGACGGCAAGUUUGCGAGAAGAGUGGUGUUCGCGGUGCAUCAGAUGUUCGGCAUCGAGUUUGCGCCUGAGGUGGUGCAGGCGGAUGGGAACGUGCGCAACCUUGGGUGGCGCAUCUGCCAUGCGAAGAAGGUGCUGGCGCCGUACAGCAUGACGGCGAGCCAUGGCCGGAACACACCGGAGGGAGUCAAGUUUUGA